AGAAUCGAGACAAAGGCACUAGCAUACAAGAAGAAGCUAAAUGAUAGUGGGGACAGAGAAUGAAAGAGCCACAAUUGAAUGUAUGGUGCUAGAAUCUCAGUGGCUGUUGUCAAUGGGUGCCUGGUGGGGGAUGGGAGUGAGUGUUUCCUCUGUAAAGAGAGUCCCAAUAUUUCAUUUACUCUUUCCAUUCUUCUCCAGUUAGUAUUAGUUCUUUGAUUUUAAUUACCAUUAAAAUGGUAAGCUUCUGCUCAGACUUAGAUGAAUUGCUGCUCGGGCUGCUGCUGGUUGUGGUCAUGGCAAUGAUGAAUUUUUUUAUUUGCCAACCAUCACCUUCAAGGAGAGUUGCCAUCUAUCAUUGCUCUUGAUUCUUUCUUCUUCCCUUUUUUUUUUUUUUCUCCUGACCGAAUGUUUCUUGAUUUGCAGUAUAUGUAAGUACUCCAGAAUCAUAAGCACCAAUUCAGAAGAAUAAAGUCUGGUUUUUCUACUUCCUGCUUUGUAUUUUUCUUUCUUCUUCUCGCAUUGUGUGUUUUGGUUGAGUUGAAUCUUGAGCAUCCAACCAACCCUUCCAAUACAGGGUUCACUACAAA